ACAUACAUCUAAUGGCUUUCUUUCAAAUAUUUUAUCCUGUGAUUCUCUCCUCUUUCAUUAUUCUAAGUGAAAGGGAAAACUAAAGAAAUUGAACAGAAAAACUGGGGAGGGAGUCAAACUAAUAUCAACCUUUAAUCCAUACAUAGAAAGGCACAAUGCUGCCAAUGAAGACCUAGUCGCAAUCUAUAUAUAUGUACGGUCACCGACUUUUGGUAUCCAAAAUAUUGCAUGGGAAGCAUCAAUUUGGAAUUCACCUCUGCAUCAGCCAAGUGUUUCUAGUUCCACAAAUUUCGCUCUGUUAUCCUCUCCACGUUUCUUUGCUUACCCAAACAUGCCCUUAUCUUCCUUGCUUCCAUGCACGUAUAAAAGCUGCCUCUCUAAUAUCAUCGUUAAUCUAACACAAAUAUCAAAACUAAUUCAAUUUUGUCUAAACAAAUGAGCCAACAACAGCUACAAAGGUCUCAAGAACCCCUUGAUGGACAUGUCUUUUCCCAAGAAGAUCUCACUGAGAAAACCAUAGAUACGACGGCUCCGUCAGAGAAUGCAGUGGCGGGACAAAUCCAGAAGAGAGGUGGGGAGUCGGGUGCUGGUAAUCAGGGCUUGAGCAUAGCAGUUGCAGGGACUGAUACCCCUGGAAUGCGUAUGGUCAGAGUCAGAGAGUCAAUUGCUGGACAGAUAGUUGGGCAAAUAUACCAAAGAGCGCCAAUCCGUCCGAUGACACCACCAGCCACAUUUCAACAAAGUGAUAAUAUUAGUGGUGGUGGGAUCACCAUAGGCGAAGCACUUGAAGCCACAGCUCUAACAGCCGGAGAGAAGCCUGUUGAAUGGAGUGACGCGGCAGCAAUUCAAGCAGCGGAAGUAAGAGCCACUGGUCGCAACAGCAUUACCCCCGGUGGUGUCGCCGCAGCUGCCCAAUCAGCAGCAACACUCAAUGCUAGGACUCCAAGGGAUGAGGACAAGACAAAACUAGCAGAUAUUCUUGCGGAUGCGACUUCGAAGUUGCCGAUGGAUAGGCCGGCGACGAGGAAAGAUGCGGAAGGGGUGACAGGUGCAGAAAUGAGGAAUAAUCCAUACCUCACUACACAUCCUGCGGGCGUUUCUGCUUCGAUAGCUGCUGCUGCCAGACUCAACCAGCAGAAUUUUUCAAAUAACUUAAAUUAGAUUGGUUUUUCCUUUUUUUUUUUUAAAGAAAAAAUUUAUUUUUACAAUGGUUUAACAGUCAAAUACCUUGUUUAUGGUGAUUAAAUCAAGUAUUUAUAUCGAAAUAUUCAGCCUCGCGGUCUCUUUGAAAACUGGUCAAAAGCAUUGCCAAUCAAUCUGUACAUCUAUCAGGCUUUGGUGGAUCUUGUAAUAUAUUUUGUAUUGUUAAUAGUCGGCUGAAAUAUCAAUUGCG